UCUGACAAAAAUCUAUAACGUCCAUUGGAACAUUUGUCAUUUAUUUGAAGAUGUCUUACAUUCAAAAAGUCGGAAAUAAUUAAUUUUAUAGACGCAACUGGUUAGUUUUAUACAUUUGGGACAAUAUGGGUUGCGUCUUCACCAGAAACGAGGAUGAAGAGGCAAGCUACGACAUGGCUCCGAUCCGCCACCUUCCCGUUAUAUUCGUCAACGGGGUACCUGGAGCUGGCAACCAGACUGUCGCGCAGACCAUAUCCAACAUCACCGGGUACACGAUGAUCAGGCCGGGUGACCUGGUGCGGGCUGAGGCGACGAAGGACACGACUAGAGGCCGCCUCAUUGCCGAUAAACUGUCGGCACAAGAAGAAUUACCUGAGCAAUUAACGGUAGAUCUUAUCAAAGAGACGAUGCUGGCGCACCAGGACGCGACCGGCUUUAUCCUGGUCGGGUUCCCGAAGAACCCCAGGAUGUCAAACAUUUUCAACCGCCAGGUCAAGUGGCCAGAAAAGAUUGUCGCUUUGGAAGUGGAUAAUGAGGUAGCAGCCACGAGGUUGCAGAACAAGCUGUCCGAGCUGGGAAGGCCAGAAUCUGAGAUCAACGCGGCGAGAGACAUCAUCAGAGAGGCCGCGCACAAAGUCAAGAAUGUCCACAAGCGGUUUGGCGGUCAUGUUGUGACGGUUAGUCUGGACAGUUCAGGGAACCCCAAGGCGCUAGCGUCAACUCUCAAAGAAAUUCUCUCGGACACGAUCGAGAAAUCCAACAAGAUGGCUGAAAAGAAGCCCCCCACCGCCAUCUCUGCCCCGAACAUGAAUGUGAAGCCCCUCCCAGCCCCGACAGAGUGCCCCGUGUGCCCCGUGGCGGUGGCUCCGAGCUCUGGCGCCCCCACAGCGGACUCCGGGGGCGAAGUCGUUUAAAAGUGAUUUUUUAGUGUAAUUUGUUAAUUUAUUUUGCUACAAUAAUGUUACUUUUCAAUACAGCAGUUUUAUUUUUA